CGAGGCGGACGACUCGCUGGCCGUCGAAAUAACGCUCAAGCUUAUCGACAGAAAUAAUAACUCCACGGACUCUCACAGUGAUACGAACUUUUGUGAUUUGUGCGUCGAACAGUUAGUGAGUUACCGGAACUAGGACAUUGAUUUCGGUCUCAGUGCCUUUUAAUUAAUCCUACGUGCUGAGUCGAUAGAAAUGAACAGUGCCUGAAGCAUGGGUCAGACCGACGUUCCACGUCGCACACCAGAGCUGCCUCCGCUGCCGCCGCCCAUACAACCCUGCAGCGGCUUCCUCGGCAACGGAAAAUCAGUGAUCCGUCCGAUAGCGUUCAAGCCCCUCGGCGGUCGGUUGUCGGCUGGCGGUGAGCGCUAUGGCUCCACACCAGCUCUGGCUAGCCGACCACCUUCGCAUAUGACUCUCUAUGGCAGCUCUUCAGACGUCCGCGAGGCUCGCUGGUGCGGUUCGCCGCAACCCGCCUCGCUUUCCGCUCUGCCACCAUCCACGCUCACCGCUCCUCUCCACCACCGUCACCAUUCAGCUAUCGUAACGAAGUCGACAUCUGGGCUGAACGGCGAAAGCAAGGAACCAGCGCCCGCGCCUUCACCGGCCGACUCCGGCGUGUCGGAGCUCGAGCGCGACCAGCAUGACUAUAGGUAA